AUGGCCGAACCCGAGAAAGAUCUUGAGAAGCUCAGCAAGGAGCAGGAGAAAGAAGAUGCAGCCUUCCUGGCCAACCUGGAGAAGGAGAGCAAAGAGUUCGAUAAGGACAGCGAGAUCGAUCGGAUCAUGAAAGCAUUUCGCGCGAAUUCCUACGAUGUGCUCGACCUGCAGCCCGGUGUACCAGACGACGACAUCAAGAAAACCUAUCGCAAGAAGUCGCUCCUCAUCCAUCCUGACAAAUCCACGAACCCGUACGCCCAAGAAGCCUUCGACCGCCUCGCCAAAGCCUACCAAGCACUCCUCGACGAGAAGAAGCGCCCUAUCCUUGACGAAGCCAUCGCCGACGCCCGCAUGCUCCUCAUUCGCGAGAGGAAGCUUACAACCGACAGCGACGAAGUGAAAGACCCCGACGUAGACUUUAUGAAAGCCUGGAAGGACAAGGUCAAAUUCGUGCUGGCGGACAACGAAGCUCGUAAACAGAGACAACUCAAAGCUCAGAUGCGUGAGGAGGGUCGUCAGCAGCAAAAGGAAGAAGAAGAGAUAGCUGAGCGCAAGCGAAAGCGUGAGCAUGAGCAGGAAUGGGAGAAGACGCGAGACCAGCGAAUCGGAAGUUGGAGGAACUUUCAAAAGAAUCAGAAAGGCGGCGAGAAGGGCAAGAAGAAGAAAAUGAAGACUCUGGGAUGA